CGGAAGGAGGGAGGAGGAGAAAGAUGAACGGUAACCCGUGCGCCCGCAGGCUGGCCCGGCGCUCCAAGUCCGCGCUGCUGGUCGCCGCUCUGGCCGUCCUGUUGGUCCAGACUCUCAUCGUGUGGAACUUCAGCAGCCUGGACUCUGCCGGCGGGGACGGAGGCGCCAGGGGCCGGGAGAAGAGAGAGGACCGGACCGGGGGGCUCAACAAAGCCGACGGGGAGCACCCGAGGAGGGGGCUGCAGAAGAGGGGCGACCCGCCGCCGCUGGUCGGGAAGGCGGCCGCGCGGCACCAGCUGCAGGCGGAUGUUUACCACUCCCACCGCCCCAAAGAGAAAGUUCGCCCGGACAGCAACAAUAACGAGAACUCGGUCCCCAAAGACUUUGACACCAUUGACAGCAACAGCAACCUGGGAGCGCGAUCGCAACGACAGCAAGUCCCAGUUGGGAACACAAAGCACAAGCUGGAUAAGAGCCAAGUGCAAAGCAUGCUGGGAAAAUCUGCCAACGAGGUCCUCAAGUACCCUCCCAUCCAACCGAGAGGGCUGGGCCACAGUCAGAACCACACCCACAUCCGUAAGACCCACCUGAAGCUGCCAACAGCAGCCGCACCGGCCCAGGGGUCCAAUCAGGAUUCGCCGUUCUACCAGACCAAGAAGCCCGCCUCUCCUCCGCUGCCGCCCGGUUUGGAGGUGAAGAAGGAGCACCCACAAUGCGAGAUCAGCGGGAAAGAAGCCAUUUCAGCUCUAUCCAGAGCCAAGAGCCGGGAGUGCCGGCAGCAGAUAGUGGAGGUGUACUGCAAACACAAAGAAGGAGCGCUGAUGCCAGAGAAAGUGCCUCGCUACUGCCCCUCAGAAGGUAAAGCUAACGUGAACAUACAGUGGGACGAGGACGCCUCGGACGCUUCCCCGCCUGUACGGAUCGCCUUCGUCCUGGUCGUCCACGGCCGAGCCUCCCGUCAGUUCCAGCGUCUCUUCAAAGCCAUCUACCACACCUCACACUACUACUACAUCCACGUGGACCAGAGGUCCAACUACCUCCACAGAGAGGUGGUGUCUCUGGCCAGCCGGUAUCCAAAUGUGCGGGUGACUCCCUGGAGGAUGUCCACCAUCUGGGGCGGGGCCAGCCUGUUGACCAUGUACCUACGCAGCAUGGAGGACCUCCUCAAAAUGGCCGACUGGUCCUGGGACUUCUUCAUCAAUCUCAGCGCUGCAGACUACCCCAUCAGGACCAACGAGCAGCUGGUGGCCUUCCUGUCCAAAUACCGCAGCAUGAACUUCAUCAAAUCUCACGGCAGAGACAACGCGCGUUUCAUCCGUAAACAGGGCCUCGACCGCCUCUUCUACGAGUGCGACACCCACAUGUGGCGUCUCGGAGAUCGCAAGAUCCCAGAGGGCAUUUCUGUGGACGGCGGCUCUGAUUGGUUCCUGCUCAACAGGCCCUUUGUGGAUUAUGUGGUCAACUCCAGAGACGAGCUGGUCAGCAGCAUGAAGCGCUUCUACGCCUACACACUGCUGCCCGCCGAGUCAUUCUUCCACACGGUGCUGGAGAACAGCGCCCACUGCGAGACCAUGGUGGACAACAACCUGAGGCUCACCAACUGGAACCGCAAACUGGGAUGUAAGUGCCAGUACAAGCACAUCGUGGACUGGUGCGGCUGCUCGCCAAACGACUUCAAGCCCUCGGAUCUGCCGCGCUUCCAGCAAGCUUCCAGACCCACCUUCUUUGCCCGGAAGUUUGAAGCCAGCGUCAGUCAGGAGAUCAUCAGCCAGCUGGAUGCCUACCUGUUCGGAGCGCACCCCUCCGACACAGUGGGGCUUCAGGCCUACUGGGAGAACAUCUAUGAGGAGGAGACAGAUGGACCCACUAGCCUGUCGGACUCGGCGCUCAGCCACUACCACGCCUUUGCUCGUAUGGGACUGUCCCACGCCGCCGGCUCGCUGCAGGGCCAUCGCAACGACAACAGCUGCAGGUAUGUGGCUGUGAGUCACCCGGUAUCUGUCCACCUUUACUUCCUCUCCGACCAGUACCAGGGCUACCUGGUGCAUCACGUGGCUACUAACCAAGCCUCCACCCAGUUGGAGACCCUGGAGACCUGGGUGACACUCAAAGACCACUUCACCCUGGCCAACCCCCCGCAUGCCACCAACAGGCUCCAACACAUCCAGGUGGGGACUGACUGGGAUCCUAAGGAACGUCUCUUCAGGAAUUGGGGACGUCUGCUGGGACCCGAGGACGAGCCGGUAGCCGUGCAGCGCUGGAGCCGAAGCCAGAGCAACCUCACGGCUACGAUCGUUUGGAUCGACCCCACAAACGUCAUCGCUGCCACCUACGACAUCCUGGUGGACGCCUCCGCUGAGGUCACGCACUACCGGCCGCCUCUCACCUCGCCGCUGAGGCCCGGCAUCUGGACCCUGAGGGUGCUGCACCACUGGAGCCCACUGGGCCAGACCACCUUCAUCGUAGCUCCUCUGGAGUUUCACAAACAAAGGCCCAUACAGCAAGAGGAUGCUCUGCGGCUGCACGGCGGCCCAGCCAAGAAUUCCUACAUGGAGCAGAGCUUCCACGGCCUCAACCCAGUCCUGCAGCUGCCGGUGAGCCUGGGUGCUGUCGAGGAGGCCGAGGCCAACGCCGGUCUGACAGGGCCGCCGCUGCGCCGCUGGCUGGACGGGCUGCUGGAGGGCUACUGGUCCGCCUCAGAUGUCUGCUCGAUGGGCCCCAGCGCCUGCCCGGUCAUUCAGCGCUGCCGCCUCACCGCGUGGAGCUCCGCCAGCCCCGAUCCGAAGUCUGAACUGAGCCUUCCCAGAGAGGACGGGCGGAUAAGGUAGCAGGCGGACGGGCUGAGGGAGGAAAAAUAUGAAGGAACACACAGGGCUGAUGUCCUGUUUGUGUCUGAUAUUUAUUUAUUUAAAGUCUGUGGGAGUGAACAGAGAGGACAGAUGGAGCUUCAGAGGGAACGGUUGGAAGAGACGCCGAGGAAAAUAUUCUCCUUCAGUCCUCAUUCGGUCUGCUCUCACUUUUAUUUAGGACUACAAAAGAUGUGUGUGUGCUCAAGUGAGUGAAUGAAUGUGUGUGUUAAUAAUGUCAGAAGAGCUCUAUACCUCUUGUUGUACGAGUGUCUCCCUGGCUCAAGGGUCGCAUCUUCACAUGCUGGAAACAGACAUGGUUGCUCAUUCUUUAGGCCCAUUAUUUAAAAACAGAGCCGCUUCAAGCUUUUAUUAAAGCUCCCCUUUCACAAUUAUAGUUCACACUACUGCUUUAAAAUAAAUCACAUUAAAAAAAAAAAAAACAACUUUAAAUUAACCUCUUACAAAUUUAAAAUGGACCUAUUCUGGUAAAAGCUCAUGAUCUAAAUCAGGGAUUCCCAAAGUGUGGGCUGCGGCCCCCUGGUGGCCCGCGAAGGUACUGCAAGGGGCCGCAGCAAUCACAGAAAUUCAGUUUGAAAUUACUCAAGUAUGCAUGGUUACAUAUUUAUUAUAUACAUAUUUAUUUAUAUAAAAAGUGCAUUAAAACCGGUAAUAGGAGGUGGUUAGUUUGUGAUAUUACUCAUUACUCUGGUGUAAAGUUACGGCUCUUGUAUUGAAGUUUGUGCCCGAGUGGCAGGUGGGUCACAUAUUGACAUUAGCACUUUACAUAUGACUGGGCAGCAUUAGCAAUUUAUAGCCAACAGCCUGUGUUAUGUUUUUUAAAUCAAAUUUUCAAGGAAAUCCAUCACUUUCUCUUGUAUUUUGAUGAGAGUGAAGACAGGCUGGAGCUGUUGGACGACCGGGGGUAGGGGUGGGUUUCUCAGCACUCCUGACUUCAGGAACCGCUGAUCUAAACUGUUUCACUGCUCUUGGCUCUUUAUGUCAGUGGGAGAAGAUCUCCACAACAUGCUGGGCUCAGACCCGCAGCCUGUAAUUACAUUACAGUUUAUUUUGAACUGUGAAUCAUGCAAAGCUGCUCUAAUGCAGUCCAAGAAUAAAAAUAUGGAAAUGAGCAGAACACUUUAAAGCACAGCAUCUCAUUUCUGCUGAUGGGAAUCUCGAUUAAAACAACAACAGAACCAGUUUAAUGAUUUUGUGGAGAAGCUUGGGCUCACUCGAGCAGUCUUUUUGAAUGUUUUAUGAAAAACAAAUUUUUUUUUUUUUUAUAUUAAAACUGAAUUAUGUCCUACUGAUCUGGAACGAGUUCUGUUAUUGUAUUUCAAUUUAUUUAAAAAAGGAAAAUAAGAUUAAAUAACAUCUAGAAAUAUACAAUAAUUUGUAACAUUUGUAACUAUAUUUGUAACUAUAAAUUUUUACUUUAUUUCUACAUAAAUUUCCUGUCUGUAUUAAUGAGGUCAUAGAAGCAGCUGCCAAUGAGAAUCAACUUGAAAUGGAAACCAGGCUGCAGAAAUCAGUGUUUUUCCUUCACAACCACCUUUCCACAGAUAAUGAGCCUAAAGUCGUUAUCAGCAACCACAGAUGUUCUCAUACAGAGCCAGCUGGGUGUCAGGGGAAAUUAUGAUUUAAUCCUUUAAAGUGCUAAUUUAUGGACAGAAUAUAUUUAAUUAGUUUUUUUUAUUGUUCGGGUUCUCUGUGUGAGUCAUGUUUUCUCUCUGUGCCAUGUCUGAAUCCUUCAGACUUGAAGUGAGAUGUCCGCUAUGCUGGAAGAGAUUCACCUCCUCUUUCCUUGAAUCUGCACACAUUAAAAUAAAUAAGUCUGCUGUACAAACAGCCACCUGAGUAAUUUAUUCAGAAAUUUAUAUACAUUUAUAUAACUCAUUAGUUUUUUAAAGGGAGGUGGGGCGUGUCUGUGAUCGAUUAUUUGUUUUCUGGAUUAAAGUAUCUGCCUUUGUUUCUGAAGCCUGAUGGUGAAGGUUAGCACCAGUUCGUUUUGGCCUCCUCUUUUCUGCUAAUUACAGCCAUCGUGCUACAACUAUUGUUCAGUCAGAGCUACUGUAGUCAGAUUACUUUCAUCUGUGCCCACUGAUAUUAGACAGCAUGCGUCUGUCCUUGGGGAGAGUAGCAUCAGUGAUAACAUAAGACAUUAAGUCAGGAAAAGCAUGAAAAGUGGGAACUGGGUUGCAAAGCGGCUUGCAGGCAGGCUGAAGCCACUUGGUGACUUUAAUCCAGCCAUUAUGUUUUGAAUUGCAAACCUCAGCAAAGUCGUUUCUGCCAUGUUCGCCCCCAGCGUGUGUUUUUCAUGAUGAAUGAAUCCAUGUAAAGCUGUAUUUUGUAAAAACGUAACAGUUUUUAAGUAAACGAGUAUUAAAAUGCAGAUGUUUGGACUGUGAUGGUGCCGCAGAAGUCAUGUGACUGUUUUCAAAGACCUUUCGAUGGUGAGAAAAUGUUCCUGAGAUCUUCAGAUUCUGGAGGAGAAUCCCAGCUGAGAGGGUUCGCUUUGUAGCUUCUGCUUUCACAUAUGGUCCCAGCCCGUCCUCCUGUCUCCUCUUUGUCGUCGUCUCGCUGGGAGCUGUGCUGCUGUGCCUUAGCUGUUCUCCUGUAUUUAGGAAACCCUCCUGAAAGCAUCUGAAACUCUAAUGUCCAAAAAAAACAAAACAGUAAAGACAAAGAAUUGUUGUGAAUGCCUUAUAAAUGAUCUCGGUGGUUUUGAAGUAUAAUUUUUAAAAAUAAAAACUGAAUCUCCCUUCA